CACGCAAACACACACACACACACACAGACACACACAUGAGAUGUCGCUGCCCAUUGGUGUGACAGAGUGUUGGGUACUUGUUGCCAGGCACUUGCUGGAUGGCGGUGAUGAGAAGGCGAACGAGGAGGAGGAGGAGCGACAUCGCGUGUCUCACCAUGCGAAGAAAGACCGACUUAGGUCCUUCUUCAACCUGAUGAUGACGUGCCGCCUCCUAUACCACGACUUGCCGUGGGCGCUUCCAAAAUGGUACCUGCGCCAAGUCGCCAUGCCCGCGAACGCCAACAUCCCAGCGUUUUCACGCCAUAGCGUCACGCCUGACUUUCUCUUCCGCACGCAGUGGCUGGACUCGUUUCAAGAGGAGGUCACCACCGUGCAGCCACAGCCACAGCCACAGCCACAGCCACAGCAUGCCGACGAUGACGAGCCGGAGCAAAGCACACCUGCACAGCGCGCGGGCAUCAGCAGCAUGCCGCCGGCCAAGCUCAAGGCGUGGCUUGAAACCCGCUUUCUCGUGUACUCGUGGCUUGGCGUCACGUGGGACGCCACCUUCUGCAUGUACCUUUGCGAUGCAGUGUCAGACGCAUCCUCCUUCUCGCCUUCGUUCCGGAACGACUUUGCCCGCUUCGGUCGCUUGAAGUUCGUCACCCUUCAGCGCCUGGAGCUAUGGGCCAGCCGUGAUCCUCCUCAGCAGCAGCAACAGCACUUGCAGCCGAAGCAGGAUGAUGAUGAUGAGGAUGAUGACGAGGAUGAGGAUGAGGAGGAACAGGGCGCACCAUCCGCUCAUACAUCACACGUCGCCGUGCAACAGGCACGCAGCAAUGUGUCGUCCGCCGCCACCGAUGGUGCCGCCCAGCACGCGGAAGCACUAGCAGAUACACGGGCAGAGCACAGCAGUUUGCCCGUGAGCCCAACGCCAGCAACUUCAGCAACAACUCCAGCAACACUGGCCUCCUCUGCAGCGACGACUGCAGCUCCAAUUUUGAAGCCUGCAGUGGUUUCGUUGGUCAUCCAGCAUGCAACGCAGGAUGCCAUCACUCGGCUCGAUCACAGUCUUGGUGUGCUCGGCCAUCCACAGGUGGAGUUUCUGGAGAUCAGUGCCACCAGCCGCAUUCCAGUGCUACGCCUGCGCAACAUCGACUGGCUUGAACUGCGAACGUCCGGCCCAGUUGACCGGCUGGAGUUGACACGCGUGAACCGGGUGUCCUGGAACCCGGCAAGCGAGCAACAAACCCGCAUCCAUGGCCAGUUUGGAGGCGUUCGCGACGUGGAGUUGCUUGGGUUUGGGGAGUCGAGGCUGGAACACAUUGACGCCCUCGAGGGCGUGCCUUGUGUCACUCUCAACAACUGCCCACGCGUCACCAAUCUGGGCCCUUUGAAGCGCGCCCAGACGGUGAAGCUGUACAGAUCAAACGCCUCCGACCUUUCUGCAGUCAGCAAUGUCCCAGAAGUGCACUUGGUCAGCUUGCCGAACGCUUCCAUGGAAGCCUUGACACUGCGAAGCACGCGCGUCUGGCUCAAACACCUGCACAGCCUCACAAACACGCUGAAUGUGCCAAACGCCACGACCAUCCGGGUCAUUGAUUGCCACAACUUACAGCGCAUCGUUUGCGGUGAUGGUACGGGACACGAUGCCGUUGGACACAGUCGCGACGGUGAUAGUGAUGGUGACGUAAUCGGCGCUGGUGGUGUGCAUCUGUCUUUGUUGCGAGUACGCGGAUGCCCACGAAUGAAGACGCUGCCUUCAUUUGAGCACGCAGACAUUGUUGACAUCGACAUAGACCUGGAAGGCGAAAGCUUGCAGCGGCUGUGCCAGCGUGUUGACACCAUCAUCCUGAACAAACCUGCAUCGUUAUCGCAUCGCAUACAGCAAGCACUGCACACGCUUCCCCCGCACGUGCGCGUGAAAAUUUGUGAUUUUUCGACCGGCCUCCUCGCGAACCCCUUGCCACCGUGCGUGGCGACACUCAAGUGCAAGAUGUACAGCUCGAGUCUCGACGUUCAUCAUUACGCCCCGCAUGUGCGGCACCUGAGCGCCGUCGGAAUGGGUCACCGGCGCUCACUCCAAGGAGUUGACAAGCUGCCGCACCUCAAGCAUGUGUUUGCGGGGCUGUGUACCAUCUUCGCCAAGUUUGAUGGCUGCCGAGCUGUUUCAGUCGUUGAUUGCCCCGGGCACAUUACCAUCAACGCCGCGGAGGCAGUGUAUGCUGUUCAUGGUGAGGUGCGCUCCCUCACCAACGUGGCCAACGCAGAAUUGCAAAACAUGGAUGAGAGGACCAAUCCUUACAGCACAAGAAAUGUCGCCACGUGCCGCGUGCUUGAGAGUCAUAUUAACUCGCUUGCCCCGUUCGCGGGGGUGCAGCGCCUGCUGCUGGAAAAAUGCACCUUUGACAGUCUUGAUUACAUGCCUGCGAGGCUGACGACGCUUCGACUGCACAACUGCCGCAUGAAGACACGCAGACACAAGUGGCCGGACGUUGUUCUCGUCGACAGGUCCAGGGAAGAGAUGCUCACCAUCAUUCGUCGCCUCAUGCCCGCGUCUGCUCUUCGCGCUGAUGGUGAUGACGGCCACGACGUGGAUGCAGGGUACACCGUGUCCUGAUGAUUGAAGUUGUUUUUGUUGUUGUUGUUGUUGUUGUUGUUG